AUGAAGCAUGAAGAUUACACCGUGGGAUGGAUAUGUGCGUUGCCGACGGAGCUGGCUGCAGCGGUGGCCAUGUUGGACGAACGCCAUGAUCCUCUCCCCCAGGACUCCCAUGACACCAACAACUACGCGCUGGGACGGGUUGAGGAGCAGAACGUGGCUAUUGCGUGUUUACCGUCCGGAGUGACGGGCAAUACUUCUGCUGCCAUCGUGGCGAGUCACAUCCGCUCUACCUUUCCAUCAAUCAUAUUUGGUCUGAUGGUUGGUGUUGGCGGUGGAGCUCCGAGCGUGGAGAACGAUAUUCGACUGGGUGAUGUGGUGAUCAGCAAACCCGCCGAGACGUCUGGUGGAGUGAUCCAGUAUGACUUUGGGAAAACCGUUCAAGAAGGACGAUUCGUGCGGACAGGGUCGCUGAAUCGACCGCCUGAUGUGCUGCUCAACGCUGUGAGCAGUUUACAGGCCAGAUAUAUGAUGGAGGAGGCGGAGCUUCCAAGACAUCUGUCACAAAUGCUGUCAAAAUAUCCAAAGCUGCAAAAGACUAGUGCAUAUCAGGGCGCACAGCAGGAUCACUUAUUUGAGGCAGACUAUGAUCAUCGAGCCGGCCAAGCGACGUGCGCUAAUUGUGAAACUGAUCGGCUGAUCACUCGAUCUGACCGUGAAGACGAAAUUCCCACAAUUCACUAUGGGUUGAUCGCGUCAGGGAAUCAAGUGAUGAGGGACGGAGCAACGCGAGAAAGACUACGCAAAGAGCUCAACGUACUAUGCUUUGAGAUGGAGGCGGCUGGUCUCAUGGACAACUUUCCCUGUCUAGUAAUCCGAGGGAUAUGCGAUUAUGCCGAUACACACAAAAACAAGCGCUGGCAGCCUUAUGCGGCGGCGGUGGCGGCGGCGUAUGCUAAGGAGCUCCUCUGCUGCAUCCCAGGAAAACCGGUUAGUCAUACGCAGGUGGCGACUGCGAUAGCUACGAAAAUGGUUGAGCCUCUCUUCUCCGUGCCGUUCCAGAGAGAUUACAACUUCAUUGACCGAAAAGACAUAUUCUCCCAAAUUGAGGAGCAGCUUCAAAUGCACCAUUGCGUUUCGUUAUGUGGAAUGGGAGGAAUUGGGUAUAGAUUCUUCCCUUUGAACAAACUCUUGCAGACACUGACCGAAGGUGCCAGAAAAUCCCAGAUCGCCAUUGAGUACGCUUACAGGUUUCGGCAAUCCCACCCGCAGAGUCAUGUCUUCUGGGUGUACGCAACCAGCUCUGCCACAUUUGUGCAUGCCUAUUACCACAUUGCACGUAGAUUACAGCUUCCUGCAUGCGACGAUCCCAAUACUGAUGUAUGUGAACUGGUCUUCGAGUGGCUGAAUGAGGAGGACAGUCAUUGGCUCAUGAUUGUGGACAAUGCUGACAAUGCGGAUCUCCUUUUCUCUUCGGCCGAAUCGGAUAUACCACUUGCUACUGUUACACAAACUCAGAAACCUCUAAUCGAAUACCUUCCAGCUAUCUUACAUUCUCAGAAGUCAUUACUCGUUACAACGAGAAGUAGACCCGUAGGCCAGGAUCUAGCCGACGGAGAAUCGUGUGUGGAGGUGCCGCCACUUUCAAGUCAAGAAGCGAAAGCAUUGUUGCGAUUGAAACUGAAGGGAUCUGCGAGCUCUUUCGACGUGUCUAGUACAGAAAGGCUGCUGGAUAUCCUGGGAUCUAUUCCGCUAGCCAUCACGCAGGCUGCUGCUUUUAUCAACCGUAAUCGAAUGACCAUACAAAGCUAUCUCGCAGCCCUUGAAAAAGACAAGCAGAACCUGGCGGAUUAUCUAAGUCAGGAGCUUCAAGAUCCUCGGAGACCGCGUGGUUUUCCUAAUUCGGUCUUCCGAACAUGGAAAUUGUCCUUUGAUCAGAUUCUAGCGCAAGAGCCUCAAACCGCGAAGCUGCUCUCAUUGAUGGCGAUGCUUGAUUCACAGCGGAUUCCAGAGAAGCUGUUACGGUGGCCAGCUGAGAGAGAUGUGGACUUCAGGAUGGCUAUCGGCACGCUUGACGGUUUCGCUUUGAUCAGUCAAGAGAUUGGAGGAGAGACAUACACGAUUCACCCACUCGUGCAAGCAUCAGUGCACUACUGGCUAGAGCAGAGAAGUGAGAAAGCGGAUUACGCCGGACAGGCUUUGCAACUUCUGGCGGAGAAGUUUCCGAACGGUGAGCAUGAGCAUAAAGAGACGUGUGAAUCGAUGUUGGCGCAUGCUCAAGCAGUAUUAUGGCAUAAAUGCAUAUCAGAAGAUGACAUGAGACACCGUGCAGCUCUUCUAUAUAACGUCGGAUGGUUUAAUUGGCGACAAGGGAGAUAUGACUCUGCAUAUGAAGCAGUCUCGGAAUCAUAUAACACCUAUCAAGAACGAGCAGGGGAUGUCGCUACUACCACAUUAAGUAGCUUGAGUUUACUUGCAUUGGUGCUUCAGGAUCAGGGGAAGUAUGAGGCGGCCGAGGAGAUGAACCGACGAGCGCUGGAAGGGAGAGAGAAGGUGCUGGGAGUCGAGCAUCCCGACACAUUGACCAGCGUCGAUAAUCUGGCAUUGGUGCUUCAGGAUCAGGGGAAGUAUGAGGCGGCCGAGGAGAUGAACCGACGAGCGCUGGAAGGGAGAGAGAAGGUGCUGGGAGUCGAGCAUCCCGACACAUUGACCAGCGUCAGUAAUCUGGCAUCGGUGCUUCGGGGUCAGGGGAAGUAUGAGGCGGCCGAGGAGAUGAACCGACGAGCGCUGGAAGGGUAUGAGAAGGUGCUGGGAGUCGAGCAUCCCGACACAUUGACCGGCGUUUACAACCUUGCCUACCUGUUUCACGGUCAACAACGGUAG